GCUGUUGAUGAUGUUCAUGUUGUACAAUAUUAAUAGACAUUGUAUAUAUCUCGAGAUCGUGCUGUUUUGUUUUUAUUCUUUUCUGCAUGUCUUUUCGAUUUGAUUUUGAUUUUGAGCGAUUUUGAGCGAUGUUUUGAUUGCAUAGGAAUUUUGUUUUAUAUACUCACGAUCCUGCCUGCAAAUCGAAAGGAAAUUUGAGAGACAGACAAGACGAGGCUGAGAGCCAAGAAAUAUGUCGGCUUUGGAUAACCUCAACCAAAAUGUUUUUGGGCUCGUGGCAUUGAUUGUUGCGGUAAUAGCACUCUUGACAACUUGUUUGCAGGUGGCACAGCAAUAUUUCUCGAGUGCCGAGGGGUAUAGACGAUGUGCCGAGUCAGUGAUGGGGCUUUGGUCCGAGGGAACUCAUCGAAAGUUAAGGAUACGGGAGUUUCGAGUCGAGGUCGUUUUUGAAGUUCCAGUUAUACUCGUUGCACCGCCGGAUAAUCCAUGGGGUCCAAUUUCGAAUAAGCCAAUUCAUUAUAUCGAUGGCACUCCUGAAUCAUACAAGAAUACCAAAGUUCGCCAACGGAUUGACCAACUAAAGAAAGACAAGGAAACUACUCAACGGAUUCAUACGGCAGAUGAUGAACGGGCAUCUUGGGUUACGUUGUUAUCGAGUCUACAAACUGAGGAAUCAAUAUCGCGAGAAUGGGACAAGAAAACUCGACCGAGUAGACCACCAUCUGUUGGACAUCAACCGAUAAAACCUCCAAAGUACGAAUUAGCUGUGGGUUUACAGGUGAAAACUCGGUCUUGGGAUUUCGUUCCAGCUAGCAUGACUAAACCAUAUGCUACAUCUGCUAUAUGUCACCUGGUGGAAAUGAUGGCAUUAUUGGGAAUGUAUUGGAAGGUCUUUGAUCAAAUACAAUGGAACCUUAGAGCUGAAGGCAAUGGUUUUAUUCUUACCUCGACGUCGGUUCAUGGUUUAGGUGUUAUGGUUGUGUUCACUGUUACGGGAAGAUCUAAAUUUGAGCAAGAUCGUGUCAUUCCAUCAAAUGAUAUCAAGGCAUUAUGCUUUGGGACGGUACCUAAUAUAUUCGAGGAAAAGGGAUACUUAAAAGAGGAUGAUACGGAAUCUCAAAGUUUAGAAUUAAAGUUUGGAAGUCAAGAUGAUGUGGACUUGACAUUGGAGUCACUUGGCUGUACACCUGAUAUACUAGAGCGCUACAGAAAAGAUCACAGGCAUAUCUUCUCUGUAUCUUUUGAAAUCAUCGGCAUGCUUGGAAAGGUUACUCGAAUUCGUGGAAGCAAUUUCAGAAUGAUUCCCAACCCAACUCAAGAUCCUUGGUUGAAAAAAGCCGGUUCAAAACCCGCUUGGAAAGUUUCCAAACUCAUGACCAUCUUUCAGGAGAAGCUCAGGGACAUUUAUGCAAAAGAAAGUGAUGACGAUGAAACUUCCAACCUUCAUCCCUUCGCCAAAAUCAUUGAGCAAUGGCGGGAUAUCCAAUCCCUUCAUUUCGGAAAAGAAAUCGAUGAAUAUAAUCUCAGCAUUGAAAUGCGCGAAAAGAUCCACGAUGCCAUAGACGACCAAACAAAGUACCUCCUCCACGAACUCAGACAAAAAGAUGUUCUUCAAGUUGUCGUUGCUCAUUUGAAUGAAGUAACAAAAAUCCUCAUUAACUUUAAUUCCUCUUUGAAUUCCAUCGUUUCUGUUCAAAAGGAAGAACCUUUGCUGAACAUAUAUUUUGAGAAGAUUCGGCCCGCGGUCGCGAAAUGUGAUAUUUAUGGGAAGGAGUUGAGUUCCUCGGAAAGGGAACAGAGGAAUAUCAUCUGGGUUUCGCUAAUGUUUAGAAUGUUGUGUUGGCUUUUGUUGCAUGAUUGGAAUAAAGAUGAUAAAUGUGGUGUUCCGCCUGAUUUGAAGGGGAGUAGAAUGCCGGUUUUUAUUGGAUGAUGGUGGAAAUUCACAUGUGUGAGGUGAAGAUUGGUUUUCUUCGGAAUACUGAUGAGUGGAGAUCCAAGGUCGGAUCGAACUAUAUGAAGAGAUGGAUAAUUUGAAGACUGGAGGACUGCGAUGGUGACAUUGAAAGAUUGCUUGAUAUUCUUGCGAGCGUACCCGCGGCUUGCUUAGUGGCGCUGGAAACUUAUCAUUAUUAUGGGGCUUGGAUGUUUAUGGCGCGAUGCAAAAUAGAGGAUCAUAGUACUCUUCUCGUCUUUUUGUAGAUAUACCCAUGGAGCGUAGC